AUGAAAUCAAAGUAUUCGAAUUAUCAAAUAUGCGUUAUGAUCAUAGAAGCUAGACACUUGCAGCAAUUGGCUAAUCCAAUGGUAGUUGUUAAAUUGGGUAAUCAAAAGAGAAAAACUGUUGUACGAGAAGGAACCGAUUGUCCGUUUUAUAACGAGUAUUUCGUUUUUGAUUUUACGGGAAACUUUGAAACGUUACUUUCAACAAGGAUAACAAUAGCUGUUUACUUGAGAAACUAUUUACGGCAAUUGAAGUUCUAUGGAAGUAGUAUCUUCGAAGUUGAAGCUGUGUGGGAGCAACCAGAUCAUCAGUAUCAUCACAAAUGGGCGAUGCUCACAGAUCCAAAAAGCUUAUCGACCGAACCAAAGGGAUACGUUAAGUGUAACGUGGCUGUUAGAGCUAAAGGUGCAAAAGUUCGGGUUUAUCCAGAAACCGAGGGUGAAGAUGAUAUCGAGGGAAAUUUAUUACUUCCUAUCGGUGGUGAAGCAUUACCAUUCGGUCAACGAGCCAGAUACAUUUUUACUGUCUAUCGUGCAGAUGGUUUACCGGAUAUGACGAGUAUUUGUGGUUUUGGUGACACAGGAGGUAUCAAUCCUUACGUACAAAUAUCGUUCGCUGGUAUGAAGGGUACCACAAGAGUCUUAUGGAAAACAUGUAGUCCAAGAUUUAACGAGAGGAUCAUCUUCUUCGAAACUUUCCCAUCCUUUUGUCGACGUAUUAGAAUUACGCUGAAACAUCGAGUCAAUAGUUGUCGUACACGUACAUUGGCCACACGUGUUAUUCAUAUCGGACUAAUAUCCAAUUCCGGAGAAUAUGGAUUUCUACCAACGUACGGGCCAUCUUUUCUUCAUUUCUACUCUUCGAAUAAAGAGGAAAGGAACAUCUGCUGCACCUCCUUCUCUUCGUCUUUACCUUUUUAUCGAGGAAGAGUACUCCUGUCUCUAAAAACCGAAAUGGAUGAUCCUGAAACCUCUCCCAGAAUCGGCAUUGAAACAGAACCGGCUGCUCCCAUUAUCGAAAAAAGUUUAUGGAAAGUGGAAGAAUAUGUAUUACUUGGUAUACUUUAUGACGUAUGUAUGAUCGAUCGAAGUAGAUUUGGUAAAAAAUCGAUAGUAUUCGAAUUGAGUAUUGGUAAUGCCGGAAAUCAAAGAUUUUCACGUGAUCGAUGUGAUCCAGGAAACAAUAACGAUGACUAUGACGAAAACGAUGACUAUAACAAUGACAAUGACGACGACAAUAAUCAAGGUUUUUUGCUAAUAUUUAUCAUUUUGAAAUUUACAAUUUCAUAAAUGCGUAAAACUGACUUUCCUUAUUGUAAUAUAACAGAAACUAAGAGGAAUAUGUCGGAAAAGGAAAGACGUAAAGAUUUGCCGAGUCAAACUGUACGAAGAACAACAGGAACUUUAGAUGGGAAAUAUAAUUAUUUACCACUGGGAUCUAGGAAGCCUUGCAUUUAUGUCAAAUCUUAUUGGCCUAAUUUUGAACGUAGAAUUUUCAACAUUAACUAUUUACGUUUCAUCGUUAAUUAUUUAGAGAACAAACUCGAAGAAAUUGAAACAUUGGUGGCAGUGGAAAAUCCUAAAGCUAGUAAGACUUACAACGAAACUAUUCGAACGUUCAAGAGCCAUUGCCUGCAUUAUUUGAAUACGUUGGACGAUGGUCGAUACGAUGCUGAGGGUAAUGGUGGUGGUGGUAGUGGUGGUGUUGGUAGGGGUACGAUCAAAUUGGAUCGACAUCGAGCGAAUGUAUGUUGUAAGCAAAUCGACGAUAUUCUCAGGAGAAUCAAAAUAGACGGUGAAAUUCCUAACAACCAUUAUAUCAGAAUAGCCAUGGUACAUGCUUAUCAAUAUUUGCGAGAACUUCGGGGAUUAUGCGAGGAUGUAAAUGGUUUGCCGCACGUUUAUCUUUGGAUGUUGGCUGGUUCGAAACGUGUUGCAUACGUCAAAUUACCUGCAGAAAAGAUUAUUUACUCUGAGAAUAAUGCGGAAAGAGGUGAAAAGUGUGGACAAUGUAUUAACGUCUUUUUGAAGAAUCCGAGUAAAGAAACUGAAUUUGGUGGUGAAACGAUCGAUCAGUGUGCUUGCAAAAUUGAAAUCUUUCUAUGGCUUGGUAACGCAAAGUUCGUAUCCUCAUGUUGGAGUUCUAUUCCUCCAGGCUAUGUAAUUUCGGACCAUGAAGUUCGAACCAUCGAUGCAUUUCCAAAGUACUUUGAAUAUGAUCGAUCUUCGACAUUUCAACUACGUGCACAUAUUUUUCAAGGACGUUUCGAGCCAGGUAUGGACACGUCUGCUUUGUUGGAUCCAUUCGUACGUGUGACAUUUUUUGGAUACACCUUGACAUCUAGCGUCAUACGUCAAAGUUUGGAUCCAUUAUGGGACGAAAGUUUGGUAUUUCCUAAAGUAAAAAUUCAUGGGACUAGAGAACACAUUAAAAUUAUGCCACCUAAAGUAGUUCUUCAAGUUUUCGACCAGGAUAUCUGUGGUAUGAAGGAGUUUUGCGGAAGGUGCAUAGCCGUUCCAUUAGUUAAACUCUCUACGGAAACUUACUCACCGCCAGAUUUUCAACCUAAACUACGAUGGUACAGAUUUCAGUCGAGGGGGAAGAAUUAUACCGGUUCCAUUUUAGCUGCUUUAGAGCUUAUCGAGACCGAAGAAACUGAUAUGGUUGACGUACCAUUGGACGAAAGUACAGAAGAGGAAAUAAAAAACAUACCACCGGAAAUAAGACCAAAAAUGACAAGUUAUCGUUUGGAGGUUAUCUUUUGGGGUGUUAGAGAUAUGAGAAAAUUACAUUGGGUACCAGUUUAUAGGCCAAGAAUUGUCAUAGAAUGUGCUGGUGUUGUCAUCAAAUCACGUGUCAUGGAAAAUGCUAAGAAAUUUAGUAACUUUGAGGAACCACGUGUUAUGGUUGAUCUGGAGAUGCCAGUACUUCACGAAUAUUAUCCAUGCGUUACCAUACGUGCUUAUGAUUCGCGAGGAUUUGGGUGCUUCAAAUAUGCCGGUAUCUGCAUAAUUCCAACAGUCAAUGUGUUCCUAGAACAAUUAAUAACUGAAGAAGAUUAUCAUGCACAAAUAUACCAAACGAAAUCAGUACGAAAAUUUGUUCGUGGUGUUGUUAUACCAUCUGCUGCUGCCACUUCUAUUAAACGACGACCACCAUAUGUAUUAUCACUCGAUACUGCCGUUGAAGAUGAACGCAAGGGUUUGAUGGAAUAUAAAAAAGUGUCCUACGAAGGAAAGGAAGAUUAUGGUACGACGACAGAUGAUGAUAGUCUUGAUUGGUGGAGCAAAUAUUUCGCUUCCCUCGAGAUAUAUUCCGAGGAAUUGGAAACUCAACCAGAAUUCCAUGGAUUUCAAGAUAGAUUAACCACAUUUGAAUUGUCGAAAGGAAAAAGAAUUGAAAAUUUCGAGAAUGGCAUUGAUACUCUUGUAGGAAAAUUUAAAGGACACAUUUCCGUGUAUCGUUGGCCACAUCCAGAAAAUUUAUCUUGCAAGACGAGACACGGUAGAAAUGCCAUUAAUGGUUUAUGCGAUGAUUAUCCACCUCAGGAAUCGGUUAAACUUUUAGUUAGAGUUUACGUUGUAAAAGGAAUUAAUUUACAUCCUAAAGAUCCAUUAGGUGGAAAAUCUGAUCCGUAUCUUCGUAUAAAAUUAGGAAAAAUAUUUAUAAAUGACAGAAAAAAUCAUAUACCUAAUCAACUUAAUCCUACUUUCGGCAGAGUUUUUGAGAUGGAAGCUACCUUCCCUAGAGAUUACAUGCUCUCCAUUCAAGUUUGGGAUCACGACGCAACUACCACGGACGAUUUAAUCGGUGAAACUAAAAUCGAUAUUGAAAACAGAUUCUACAGUAGACAUCGAGCCAACUGCGGAUUGGCGAGAACUUAUGAAACCAUUGGUUAUAACGUUUGGAGAGAUCGCGAGAAACCAACUCAAAUUCUUGAUUUUCUUUGUAAGAAGAACAAUUUACCUUUACCUGUAUACAAUAAGGAAGAAGUUCGUAUCGCUAAACGAAAGUUUCCUUUUCGUUUCUACGUUAACAAUGAAACAGACAGAGAAGAAUGCAUGGCUUUGAACGUGCUUCAUCAAUGGCAAGAAUUUCCUAUUUGCGGAUGCGCCCUUGUACCUGAGCACGUCGAAAGACGUCCGCUUUUCAAUGCAACAAGACCCGGCCUAGAACAGGGUAGAUUGGAAAUUUGGAUCGAUAUGUUUCCUAUUGGAAAUCUACCCCCAAAACCUGCGGUCAAUAUUUCUCCCCUAGUACCAGAGGAAUAUGAAAUUCGAGUGAUAGUUUGGAAUACCGAAGAUGUACCCUUGGUUGAAAGUCAAUUUCUCACGGGAGAAAUGUCAUCGGAUAUUUAUGUUAAAGGUUGGAUUUUUCCAGAAGACCGACAAAAGACAGACGUUCAUUACAAUUCUUUAAGCGGCGAAGGUAAUUUUAAUUGGAGAUUCGUCUUUCGUCUGGUAUAUUCUAAAAGCGAAAACGUUAUGAUCGUUCGUAAGAAAUUAUCCGUAUUUGCGAGAAGCGAGACCGAGGAAAAACUUCCUUGCAGAUUAAAUUUAGAAGUUUGGGACAGCGAUCAUUUUUCCUCAGACGAUUUUCUUGGUGCACUGACAUUAGACUUGUCAAAGAUGCCACGUGGUAGUGCGAAUUCAAAAACGUGUACAAUGAAAGUGCUCGAUACUAAAUUGCCAACGGUGAAUCUUUUUAAAGUUUCUCGUAUCAAAGCUUGGUGGCCACUCGUACGAAGAACUGACGAUGCUAAAUAUGUUCAAGCGGGUAAAAUAGAAAUGGAACUGUCGACUCUGCGGGGAGUUGAAGCUAAUGAACAUCCAGUAGGUAAAGGAAGAGAUCCACCGGAAGAACUUCCACCACCUAAUCGACCGGACACUUCAUUCUCAUGGUUUUUCAAUCCAUGGAGAGCUUGUCGUCACGUGGUUUGCCGUUACUACAAAUGGAGAAUCCUGUUAUGCGUAUUAUGCGUUCUAUUAGUUUUAUUAAUUUGUUGUGCAAUUUACGCUUUUCCAGGUUAUUUGGUAAAACGUCUUUUAGGUGCUUGA